UCGACUACGCCGCUAACAUAAAAGCGAGCUGAGCUCAGUGAGAACCUGGUGACACACCGAAGCAGAAAUGGCCAUCUUCAUGGGCGCAGCCUUCUCCCCCCUGGGAGCCGUGCUGUGCAUGCUAACUUCACUGGCCCUCUACCUCUUCUACCGGAUACUCUACGCUCCUUAUCACGUCCACAAGCAGUACGGCAUCAAAGGUCCUAAACCGGAGCCUUUCUGGGGGAGCUACUCGGACAUCAAGAAAAUGGUUAUUGCUCAUCUCGCGCGUGCGCAAUCAACGUUCUUUUUCUGCUGCAUGCAGAAGAUGAACAGCUUUAUUGCCGAAGGACAAAAGAAAUACGGAUCUUUCUUUGGGUUGGUGCUUCUAAUGCAGCUCUGUACUAGUAAACCUUACUGUCUCCCACAGGUUCUAUGUGGGGAGCAGGUUCAAUGUGGUUGUCUGUGACAGGCUCCUGAUAGAAGAGAUUCUGAUACACAACAAUGACAAUCUUGGCAGUGGAGGACCGUACACAGCAUGGAAUCGACUAAUACUGGACUCCCUGGGGGCCACAAACAGCCUCAGACUUGCAUCUGGGACUCAGUGGAGGAGCUGCAGAGAGGCUCUCUCUCCUGUUUCCAUGCCUCUUAACACCAGACAGAUGGCUCCUGUGGUGAGUGAAGGCUGCACCAGACUAGUGCAGAAGAUAGCCAAGGUUGCAGAGUCCCAAACUACAGUCGAUGUGCACAAAUUGUAUGUGGAUUUCACAAUGGAGACCAUCGUAGCCAGUGCAUUUGGAGAGAGUGCGGAGGGCCAGAGUGUGGGUGAAGGUAGCGAGCUCCUUGUGGCCACUAAUGACUUCAUUGCCAAAUUCAACGACUGCAUGAGCAGCAGUGCAGAAGAACUGACAGUCUUUCUCUCUCACUUCCCACUGGCAAGACCACUGCUGGUUCGACUGGCAGGUCGACUGGCUGUUACUAGAGCUCACCGGCAUCUCAAAGAGGCUGGCUGCAGACUGGUGGAGGCAAGAAAGGCGCUUGCCUCCCCCCCUCAGGACAUACUCCAGCUACUAUUGGAGACUAGUCUCAGUAGCUAUAAUGGAGAAUACAAUACCGCUGCUGGUGAUGAUGAUGAGGAGGAAAAGCUCUCGGACCAGCAGGUGGUGUGUCAGGCAAUAGAGUUCCUGAUAUCCGGUCAGGAGACGACGGCUGCCGGUCUGGCAUCUGUCUCCUACCAACUGGCCGUUAACACUCGGGUCCAGGACAGAGUCCAGGAAGAGAUUGAUGCUCUCUUCAACAAGAGAACAAAGAAGUCACUGUACGAUGCAAGUCUUCGCCUUCCUUACCUUGACUCAGUCAUCCAGGAAACACUCAGACUCCGCCCACCAACACCAAUGAUUAUUCGUCACUGUGAAGCAGAUAUUGAGCUGGAGAGACACACUCUGCCAAAGGGAGCAGAUGUGUACAUACCGACAUUCCUAGUGCACAAGAGCCCAGACCUCUGGCCACAGCCAUACAGAUUUGACCCUGGCAGGUUCAGCAAUGAGGAGCGGAUGAAGCGAGAAGCCAUGACCCACAUUGCCAUUCGGUGCAGGACCUCACGUGUGUCUCGGGGCAAAGUUUGCCCUGGCCCAGAUGAAAAUGGCUCUUGUUUCAAUUCUGCAUCACUAUACCUUUGUCCUAUCACCCAAGACGGAGGUACCACUACGUAUAGCGCACAGUGCAGCGGCAGAUGUCCCCCUGAAUGGAGUGGCUCCUCCUUAUCUUACCAAAGAAACACUACAGCUACUCCCACUCUAUAGCAACAUAUGUAUAAUUAUUAUAGCUCAGUCAUUUUAUACCAUUCCACACUAAAAUCACUAGGGAAUAGAUGUUUGGAUUUACAUGUGAUCAACAUCACAAUAAUAUAAAAUUUUUAAAUACACAAACAAAAAGAUCCAUUCAAAGUUCAAAAAGUAAUAACAUACCAGUUUCUGUGCCUUUGGCUACUUGCCCAUCUUUUACCCUUGUAUUUGACCACAUCUACAGGUAGGUAGGAGGAUAUAUAUGUACAACAAAUCAAAAAUUCACUUAUAUGCCAUGUA